AUGGUGUUAGAUAGACCUCUCGAUCUCGCCGUAAAGCUGAAUUCCAGUUCUUUCAGGUCGAUUGCUGCCGUUGUCAUCACUGGAGUUGCAAUAGACUCUAUUGCAGUAGCUGGUAUUACGAUUUCUAACAACAGCGUGGCAAUGAUGAUGAAAGCGAAAGUCAUGGAAGGGGCUGGAGAAGCUUACUUUUCAGCUAUGGCGGAAAUCGAUAGCGGGAAAACCCUAAGCCUCCACGAGCAAUAUCUACUGAAAGGGAAAGAAAACGAAGAGAAGCUCGUUCUGGGUCCAAAACCUGCGGAAGAAGAGGUUAAGAACCCUGUAAGUGCUGCCUCUGACGAAGUUGUCGCUCAGAAAACUGAGGAAAUCCCUGUUUCUGUUGAAAGUAGUGAAGUUUCCCAGGCUGGUGCUGCUGAGGAAGGCAGUGAAGCCUCUGAUGUUGAUACUGGAAAGAGCACUGAAAAUGCUGCUGCAGAAGAAAGCGGGGGAAGUACUGACCAGGAAACUCCGGUUGAUCAAGAAGAGUCUGAACUAUCUACAGAGAUCAAGCUCGAGACAGCACCAGCAGACUUUCGUUUCCCAACUACAAAUCAGACCAGGCAUUGUUUUACCCGAUACGUUGAGUAUCAUCGAUGUGUAGUUGCUAAGGGUGAAGGUGCUCCUGAGUGUGACAAAUUUGCCAAAUAUUAUCGUUCUCUCUGCCCUGGGGAAUGGAUAGAUAGAUGGAAUGAGCAAAGGGAAAAUGGCUCAUUUCCUGGUCCCUUGUAG